GGGUGUGCAGAGGACAAGCCUGUGUUUGUGUUGAAACUGGAUCUGUGGAGGUGUAAUCACACAGGAGACACUCUCUCCACCUCUCCGCAGGAUCUGAGAAAAAGAAACUUUGACGCUGCUGUCUGGCACAACACCGGUGUUAAACUCUAAAAGCUUUCCUUCCAUUGCAGUCAAAAUGCCUGAAACUGCAGAGGCUGUGUCGGCCACUCUCAGCACCAACAGAAACUGCACCAUAGAAAUAACCAACGUCAGCAGCGGCUACUGCCUCAUCAACCCCAUGGUCUACAUGUCGAGUGGCUUCAGUUACCACCCGCCUCAGCCCACCAUUCGAACCCAGAAGACAGAAGUCUGCUCCUUCACGAAGGAUGACAACACGGCCACUGGUGCUGURGGCCUGCUGACCUACGACCUCUUCCACAUGCAGAGCCGGGUUUGCUCCGAGCGCUUGGCCAUCAUGUUCUCGGUGCCCUUUGACUACAACCGGUACAAGAACCGGCUGGCUGUGGGUGUGGUGGAGCACUCCCGGGCCUGCGACAAACAUCUGUACGACCAGCUGUAUGACGGGAACGAGCUCACCAGCUUCACCCGCUCCGAGGCGAAUGGGUGUGGGCUGGAAUAUAAAGCAACGUACGUUGAUUUAAGAGCUACGAUGUCAUCGACCGGCAAAGGAAUUGUUAAAGUGGAGCUCUUUGAUAAAAUGGGUCGUUAGCUUACAGUCUAUUGUUCUGGUUUGGGUACUUUUUUGUUGUCUUUGUCUCCACAAAGUGAAUAAAAUUCAUUUGAUGUGACCACUGUUGUCAUCUUAAAGAAGAGGCUCAGGAGAGGAAGACUGAUUCUGCUGUCAUCUGUAUUUUGCGUCUGCUGAAAGAUAUCAAUAUCUGACAGCCAGCUCAUUGAUUUCCCAUUAGCUCACGUCUCYGGCUCGUGUACACGUUGCACACUCUCUUCACUUUGAUUGUGGUAAUAAAGCAUUCAGACCCAA